CCACUGCCUGCACAACCCAGAGAGCCUCCCAGACGGAGAAGAACCCCAGCAAAAACUCCUGCCAUCUCCAUCUCCUCAUGCUCCUCACCCUCUCUCCCAACUCCCUCACUUCCUCACCCCUUUCCUGAUUUCGACCUCGUACAAUAGACUUCCUCCUCCGAGCACCAGCCUUGAAGGGGAAAGGGGGAGGAGGGUGGUGGUGGUGGUGUUGAUGGUGGUGGUGGGGGAUACAGUUUCUCUACAACAAUGGAAAUUCAAUCAGGAAAUGGAGAGGAGGUGGCAGGCGCAGUGUUGGCGACCUCGGGCUUCGUUUCCCGUAGUCCCCGUGGGUCGCAGGUAGAGGCAUCAGACAAUCCAGCACACAGAGAGGACCUGCAGGCUGCUAAGAGGAUUGAGAGGUUUGACAUCCCACUUGAUAGCCUGAAGAGGAUGUUCGAGAAGCCUGCCGGGGCAAACACAGAAGUGACAAGCGUCCAUACCUCUCCGUCCAAAAGAGUGUUGUCCAGUAGGUUCACGCAGGCUGACCCGUCAACAGAUCCGAACAUGGCCACAGACACCGCUCUUACUGCAGGCAGCGCAGGUAGAUCCAGGGCAGGACUUCCCGAGGACUGGGCCCCGAGUGAGGACCAAGAAACCGAACCGGUGUCGGUGAAAGAGCGCCUGGCGAUGUAUCAGGCCGCCGUGACGAAGAAAGACACCAGCAGUUCCUCCUCUGCUGCGAUGAUGGAUGAGUCAGAGGCGUGUUCGCUGCCUGGUGGCCUGGCCAGUGUGAAGAGACAGUUUGAGAACCAGGAGUUUGCCUCUGCGUCCUCUCAGUCCACCGUCACCCAAUACCAUUACGAGCAGAGAUCUGUCCAGGAGAUGUCAAGCUCCUCUGAGGUGACAGUGAGAAGCAGUGCCAGAGGAGAGGUCGUCCCCACCACAGUCUUUCACAAUCAAGAGGUGAUCCAUGAUGAAAGAGUCCAACACAAUAACGUGGCAGCCAGUUACGGGAACCAUUACAAUGAAACAGUUAUGCUCGUUGGAGGAGAGGACCUACCAAAGGUUUCCACUCAGGCUUUGAAGCAGCAGUAUGAAAAAACGAUUGAGGAAGCAGCACCAGCCAAGGAAAUUAAGGUUGAUGUGGAUUUCAGCCAGUUUCAAUGGGUGCCAGUAAAACAGUCUACCAAAGCUUCAACCAAGACAAGCCAAGACACCUCAUCCACCUUAAAGACUGCCACUGCCUCAUCAGUAGCGACUGCCACUGCCUCGUCAGUAGCGACUGCCACUGCCUCGUCAGUAGCGUCUGCCUCGUCAGUGGCUUACAAGGUGGCAGAUAAUUUCCCUCCCCCACCAGCAAACCUGCAGUUAACACAGGAAAUCCCUGAAUAUGUCUCCUACCAGCCUCAGGAUGCAGCCUCAGAACAGAAGCAGACUGUUAAUAAGGAGCAGUACUUUAAGCAUAAGAGUAUGGCUGAACUAAAGCGCCUCUAUAAACACAUUCAUCCAGAGGUCCGCAAGAACCUCGAAGCAGACUUCUAUAGUCAGCUCACGGAAGCAGAAUUGAAGGACUUGGAAAGCGAGGAAAUGGUGGGAGAUGUGCAGCAGACAUGCUAUAUGUUUGAAAAUGACGGCAACAGCAGUCAGUGUUCAAGCCCCGACAGAGAGUCAGUUGAAUGGGAAGAGAUUCUCAAAGGUGAAGUGCAGUCCGUGCGCUGGAUGUUCGAAAACAAGCCACUAGAUGCAAUCAAAGAUGAAACCCCAGAUGAGAAUGAGUCGAGGAAUAUUGCCCAGCAGGAAAUCAUUGCGGGAAAAGAUGUCAGAUACACAGCUUGGAUGUUUGAAACUCAGCCCAUGGAUGCUCUGGGAACAGAGACAACUGAUUCUAUUGAGCAGUCACAAAAAUCAACUGAUCUGGCGAGAGGAGAUGUCCGCACGGCUACGUGGCUUUUUGAGACGCAGCCACUCGAUUAUCUGAAUAAGAUCUACCAAGAAGACGAGCAGGAGACAGAAGUUGUUGUCACCAGAGACAUUGCUGGCGGAGAUGUGAAAACCGCUAGAUAUCUCUUUGAGACCCAACAUCUGGAUUCCCUGGGUAAAAUAGAAACCAUUGAGGAGAGCCACUUCCUAAACCUGAAGUCUGAGCUAGAAGAGAUCAAGGGGGAUGUGAAGACAACCACUCGCAUGUUUCAGACCCAGCCUAUGUGUGUCAUCAGGGGUGAUUCAGGUGAGAUGCUAGAGAUCACCACCAUCCGUAGGGAGGAGACAGAGAAAGGAGAUGUCAAGACAUCACGCUGGAUGUUUGAAACCGAGCCUCUGGAUCUCAUAAACAAAGACCCUACAAAGGUAAAGCUUAUAUGUGGCAUUUCCAUGGAAGACAACGUUGAAUGCGGAGUGAACAAAGGUAGAUGGCUUUUUGAGACAAAGACCCUUGACAGCAUUAAGGACGAAGAAUGGGAGAGUUCCAGGAAGCAAAAGGAAGAAAUAAUUGGUGCUGAUGUGAGGAAGCACUGUCUGGUUUUUGAGACUCAGCCUAUGGAUACUCUAAAAGAUAACGCCAAUGCUCGACCUUUACCUUCAGAGGAGAUUGUAGGAGGUGAUGUCCGAUCAGCGAAACAUCUGUUCGAAACUGUACCCAUGGAAAAUCUGAAAGAGCUGCUUGAAGUGGGAAAACUUCAGAAAAUGAUUGCAUCUGAAGAAGAAAAAGGUGACGUGAGACAUCAAAAAUGGGUCUUUGAAAGCCAGCCACUUGAAAAUAUAAGAGAGGAGAAGAAAGAGAUCACAAGAACUGUGAAUGUUGAAACUCUUGACAAAGGAGAUGUAACAAACUAUAAAGAAAGGUUUGAAAGUAUGGAUUUAAGUAAGUGUGAAGGAACACAGAAAAUUCAGGUUGAAGGUGUCACGAGUGGAUCCGUCAAAUCAAACAGAGUUCUCUUUGAAUCUACCCCUAUGUAUGCUAUGCAAGACAGCUCAGGCCAUUACCAUGAAGUGAAGACUGUGAGGCGUGAGGAGAUUGUGAAGGGAGACGUGCGCAGCUGCAGAUGGAUGUUUGAAACGCGUCCCAUUGAUGAGUUUGAUGAAAGCAUCAGUAAGUUUCAGAUUAUAAAAGGUAUAUCCAAACAAGAGAUUGAGUCUGGAGAUGUCAAAACAGCCAAGUGGUUGUUUGAGACUCAACAGCUUGAUGCCAUUAAGUCUUUCAAUAAUGUUGAGGAUGAAGAACAUAAAACUAAGGAAGAUAUUGAAAUUGAGAAGGGAGACGUUAAAACUUGUAGGUGGCUAUUUGAGACUCAACCAAUGGAUGUUCUGUAUGAAAAGGUUGAAAAGAGCGAGGCUGAUGUCGAGGAAGUGCAAAAAGGUGACGUCAAAACGUGCACUUGGCUCUUUGAGACCCAAACACUUGACAAUAUACGUGACCAUACAGAGUCUGAGUCUGAGACCAUUCUGAAAACCUGCACUGUGAAGCAGGAGGACAUCCAAGGAAAAGAUGUGCGACUGGCUCGCUUCCUCUUUGAAACCGAGAACCUUGAAAAUCUCACAGGUGAGGACAGUUCUUUCAGGAGGGUUACGGAAAUCAACAUCGAGUCAGGUGAUGUGUCCAGGAUGAAGUACAUCUUUGAGAAUCGCUCCUCUGACAUCAUGAGCUCGACCUCUGAGCAAACAAUGCAGAGGUUGAAGACGCAGCAGGCCGAGGACAUCCAGAGGGGAAACGUGGGCAACUGUACCUGGAUGUUUGAGAAUCAGCCGAUCGAUGCCAUCCAUGAUGAGACAAAGGAAAUUCGCACUGUGACAGAUGUUCAGGGGGGUGACGUUGACAAAGGCCGCUUCAUUUUUGAGACAUACUCUCUGGAUCAAAUUAAAGAGGAGUCCAGUGAGACUGAUAUCUCUAAACUCACUAGUAUCUUUAGAAAUGAUAUAGAGAGGGGAGAUGUGAAAAAUUACACUAUGAUGUUUGAAAGUCAGCCACUGUAUGCCAUCCGUGACAAAGAGGGCCAUUACCAUGAAGUAACUACAGUAACCAAGGAGGAAGUUAUGAGAGGAGAUGUGGUGGGAGCCCGAUGGCUGUUUGAAACAAAGCCCCUGGAUUCAAUUAGAGAUUCAGAGGAGGUCUAUGUUAUCAAAGCUGUGACUGAAGAAGGCAUUAACAAAGGAGAUGUUAGCUCUGCAAGGUGGAAGUUUGAAACGCAACCUUUGGAUGAAAUUGCAGAGGACAUAAAAGAAAGGUCUAAGACAGUCGCAGAUAUCCAAGGCGGCGAUGUGAAGACAAACAAGCAGCGAUUUGAGACCGACGAGAUGUCUCAAAAGUACAUCAGAACUGUUAGCGUGAGCGAAAUCCAAAAAGGGGAUGUUAGAUCUGCCACAUGGAUGUUUGAAACGCGAACAAUUGAUGAGAUCCAUGGUGAAGGCGCCGAGUAUGAUGGCAUGGAGAGGGUGACAAAAGAGGAAGUAAUGAAAGGGGAUGUCAAACAGUCUGUGUGGCUUUUUGAGAAGCAGCCCCUAGACAGUAUCAAAGAGACUGAUGGUACAGAACUUGUUGUCAAAAAGGAGGAAAUCCCACAGGCUGAUGUGAAAACGACAACAUGGCUGUUUGAAAGUACUCCGUUCCAUGAUUUCAAUGAGAAUAGAGUGGAAAAAACUGAAAUAAUAGGCAAAAGCAUAAAAGAAACACUUGAAGAGCUUUAUUGUCAGAAAAUGGUGGACUCACAAGGUAUCCUUAUUGAGGCGGAUGAGAUUGGCGAUGUCCGCAUGGCAAAGUAUAAACUCAUGAGUCAAGAGGCCCCACAGAUACAAAAGGAAGAGGUUAUCAGAGGGGAUCUGAGCAACAUAAUGAUGAACCUCCUUAACCGCAGUGAGACCACUGAAAAGGGUAUAACUAUUGACAAGGAGGAGCGAGGGAACAUCAACACCACGGUGAAGCAGCUAUUCAACCAGGACAGGGGAAUCAAUGUUGAGAAAGAGGAAAUUAUCCGUGGUGACAUUCAAGAGGCCAUAAACAGUCUGCUCAAGAAUGAAGGCUCCUCGAAGCGUGGCAUUCUGAUUCAAGAGGAUGAGAAGGGAGACGUGAGGCUGACUAUCUAUUCCCUCUUGAAUAAAGGGGAGAGUGCUGGCAUGGAGAAAGAGGAUAUCGUUCAAGGAAACGUAAGCAAAACCCUUCAUCGUCUUCUGUCCAGUUCAGGAGAUGAAGAAUCUAAAAAGAUAAGGGUCGGAGACAUGGAAAGGGGUAAUGUGAGCUUUUACUCCACGUGCAUUGAGUCCGGAGCUUUGGAUUACCUGAAGCAGCUUCAGUACGAACCAGAUGAAGCCCAGGAAACGGUGAAAAAGGAGCGUAUCAUUGGCGGUGACAUUGAAGAGACUAAAAUCUUGCUGCGAAAGAAUCAGCAGCAGAUAGGUCGCACAGUGGCAGAGGAUGAUAUAGUUCCUGGUGAUGUGUACAGAACUGUUGAAGUCUUUAUGACAGAGCCUACUGCUACCUACAGAAACCUGGAGAAAAAAGACAUUGUUAAAGGUGACCUUAGCGCAGCCCUGGAUUCACUGACCCAAGCCAUCAAUCAGAAAGUGAUAAUAGAGAAAGAGGAGGUGGUGAAGGGAAACAUACACACCACUUUGAAGUCUCUUGAGGAGGCCCAACAUCAAGCCAAAGAAAUGGAAAAGCCUGAAAUCGUCAGGGGAGACAUCAGAGGUGCUCUCGAGUCACUGGAGAAAUCCGCAACCACCAACACGGAAGUGACUGUUGAGGAUUUAGUGCCAGGUGAUAUCAAAGGGACCCUGAAGUCCCUGGAGGAGGCGAAGCAUGCUGUAAAAGAGGUCGAAAAAGAGGAGAUUGUCAAAGGAGACAUCCACACUGCCAUGCAAAGUUUACACGAGGCAACGAGCGAGAAAAAGAUUUACCAGCAUCAAGUGAGCGAACAAGGGGAUGUUAAAGGCACUAUCCAGCUCCUGCUCGAGCCGUCAACCUCUCCACAAAUGCGACGCAGGGGGAGCAUUGAAGGAGACGUGAAAACAUCCAUAAAAUCUCUUUAUGAAGGGCAGGAAACAUCACAGAUGGAAAAAGAGGAGGUUGUGAAAGGGGACGUUCAAGGGGCGAUAAAGUGCCUAAUGCAAAGAAAACAGUAUACAAAUCCGAAACGUAUGUAUUCCAGCAAGAAGGCAAAAGUGCCCAUGAAAAAUCCAUUAACUGUAAAGCAAGCGGAGCAUGAAUGCUUACAUGAGGCCACGAGUGUGAGUGUAGCAGUCAAUCCAGCCCCCACUGUGAAAAACCUUUCUCAGAGCAGUGAGUCACAGAAGCACACACAGAAGCACAGCGAAAGCAAAUCACUGAAAACACAGGUAAUAACCCAAGAGGACCACUCUGUUACUGUAGCCAAAUCAGACAAUGCCACAGGGGCCUCUCAACAGAAGAGCAUAAAAGAAGAGAAACAGAAAGUGCUGCCCCCACAGAAAAUACAAGCUCCUAAGACUAUUGUAAUAAAGAAUAAACAAAUGACUGCUAAUGAUCAAACGGAGGCCAAAACAGCUGACGUGAACGUGAUGAAAGAGGCGCAAAGCACAUCACAGACGAGCGUUUCAAACAAGCAAAUAUGUGAAACAAAAAAGACAAUCAAACAGGUGCAGACUACAGUGAUGGAGAAAACCGUCACACACAAGCAGAAUAUCUCGGUAUCGGAGCAAAUGUCGACGUCUCAGAAGCAAACGGAGAAUAAAGCUCCCACGCAAAAGUACAACAUCAAAAAUAUGAAGAGUGAUUACUGUAACCUUGACAUGAAAGCAAAAGGUAUGAUCAAAAAGGCAAAGCCAGAGAUUCACUUCCCACCUCCUCCUGCUUCACCUCCUCCACCCUCUGAGUCUGAGCUGUCCCUCCCUCCGCCGCCGUCGCCUGUGCUAGAGACUCCAGGGUCCGCCACAUCCCGGCUUUCUAUCAUGAGGCUGGACAGCGACCUCCCACCUCCACCACCUCCACCUCCCAUGGAAUGCAUAAAGUCUGAGCCAGAGUUCUUCCCUCCUCCUCCACCUCCUCCGCCUCCAGAUUUCCUCCCACCGCCUCCCUCCCAGCAAGAGCUUAACGCAAUGCCUCAGCCUCCGCCUGUAAAGCUGGCGAAACCCAUUGGCAAGCCUUUAUUCAAAGUGCCCAAGCAACCAGAGCCACAGAAGCAGCCGGUACAAGUUAAACCCAAAUGGCAGAAAAAGCAGCCAACUCCGCCACCACCACCACCACCUCCACCUCCACCCCAGCUCCCUCCUGAUCAAGAAACAACAGUGUCGACAGAGCGUAAAGAAGAAGCUAAAGUUCAAGAAGUGAAAAAGGAAACAACCCAGCAAAUCGAAACAAGCAAGCAGGUUCAGACUGAAUCAACGACAAAAAUACCGAGCAUCCCGACUGUGAAACCAAUGCAAAGAGAAAGCCCACAGCCUCCAAAGAAAGCGUUUGUCCCUCCGAUUAAACUGCCUCCACCCCCUGAACCCGCUCCAGCGCCAAAACCUAAACCCUAUGCUCGCAAAUUUAAAACCCCUCUCAUGCUUGCAGAGGAAAGGUUUCGCCAACAAAGAAUGGAGAAAGAGGAAAUAGAGAGGAGUACUGUCAAAACUCCCACUUCACCACCAUUUAAUAUAGUGUCCUCUUCUGCCAGUGCUGAGCUUUCUGUAGCACAGAACACUGAGAAAGAAACAGCCACAGAAGUGACAAAAGCAAAGACAGAAGAAGCUAAGACCGUGUCCAAAGAAGGAAUAUCGGCACAAGACACCUCUGCCAAGAAAACCCCCUCCCAGAUCCCCCUGAGCAAGCCUGUGAUCGCAGUGCUGAAUAAGAAAUCCACGGCUGGAUCCUCGAAUGUGGGCUUGGAUAAAAAGCAUGUAGCCAGUGAGCAAUCCUCAGAAAAAAUGGUUGCCUCAACUGAUGUUGUUAAAAAGAGUCAAAUAACACCCAAGACUCAGACUGUUUCUGUUUCUCAGGCUCAUCGUGAGACCUCAAAUAUUGACUCCAAUGUGGUCACUACUUCAGUCACAGAGCAGCAGCAGUUUGUUAAGAAAUGCAGCGUCAAGUCUACCGUUGCCACACAAAGUGCUGUCCAGGAAAAUGUAAAUCUUCAAAGCCAGACUGCGGUCACAUUGAAAGCUGAAGAUGUAAAGAAUAUUAAUAUGCCUCUGACACAGGAGGGGAAGAGUCCCUCUCAACCUACUAAAAUUCCAAAGGUAACUCCAAGUUUCAAGGUGAAAACCUUUAAGAUGCCAACAGAGAAGAAAGAGGAUAAAUGUGACAGUUUGGGACAAAAGGAAGCGAUGAAAAGUGAAACGCAUUUACAGCAAGAGAAAUGUAAUGUGUCACAGAAAAGUGAAACAAAUGUGAAUCAGGAAAGCAACCACAUGACAACAAGGACUGAAAUGAAAAUAAAGGAGAAGAAAAGUCAGAUGACUCUACCUAUAAAGGAAGCUGAAACGGAGGUCCACGUGAAAAAGGGAAAGCAAAUGCAAAAGAUUGAGACUGAAGUGAAGCCAUCAGAUACUGUUUUAAUCCCUAAGACAACUAAGAUAACAUCUGCAGGGACUCAUCAAGGACAAGGCCUUGUAUCUGUCUCCCACAGUCAGCAGAGCAUGAAGACAGAGCACAUUCAAAGACACAAGGAGGUGGUUGUGAGUGAGAGUGUGGUACAGCAAAGCUUUCAGAAGCAAGAGGCCGUUCAGACACAAACACAGCAAAUAAAGCUUCAAGCGGCAGAAACAAAUAAGAUGCAAAUAAAGGCAGCUAAGUCCAAAGGUGAGCCUAGGGAUGUGUCUGUGAAAGGGACUGGGAAAAUAGCCCGUAAAGAGGAGGCUAAUUCUGAAGAAAUCACAGAUUUAGAAAAAUGUAAUGUAAUGCAGAAGCUGCUCACUCAGAUAAAAGAGCUGGAGGGCACACCAAGCAAAAUAGACUCCGAUGCCGUCAAGAUGAUUAUAAGCGAAUUCCCUGACUGGGUAAUGGGAUUGGAUGAGAGAAAGAAUUUAAGUGAAAUUGCUAAACAGCAAAGUAAGAAAAAGUUGAAAGAGAUGAUGGUCUAUGUGAAGAAUAUUGUUCAGGCAAAGCUCACAUUUUUUGGGGAAAUCUUGACAGCCAUGGAAAAACAGGAUAAUGAAAAAGAAGAACCACUGGCACCACCGUCAGUGCCUCCCAAACCAGACAAGAAAGUUUUCAGCGGAGCAACUGCAAAGAUAUCAAAGAUUAGUAUCGGAUCAUCCAAAACUGAAAAGAAGGUGGUGGAGGGGAAAAAGUCACUUCAAGGGAGCAAAGCACAUCAGGAGCUGAGUGAGCAGAGGGUGUCCUCCCCGUUAGCGAGCAUCCGCACUCCGUCGCCUACUUUUAUCAGCAUCGAGUCAAGGAGGAUAGAGUCACCACUCAGAGUAACUCCCUCUCCUCCGCCUUACAAAUCUGUCGGAACGCCGCCGCCUCCUCCUCGCAAGUCAUACACGCCCACAUCUACCUUCAGCAGGGCCACGCCAUCCCCCACAAUGAGCCGCUCAGAGAAGCUGAUGAAACUGAGGGAUACCACCUCGAAGCUUUCUCGCGGCAUGACCCCUCCGCCUCCCAUGCCCAUGCCAGAGUAUUUCACAGCUGAAAGAGAGCAAUCAUCCCCGCUUGGCGACAGGGAUACUCCCAUAGAGAGAAAUGAGCAAGGAUCGAUGGAUGUCACAGAGAUGGUGGACUCUAUGAUGACAGUAAGGGACAAAAAGUCUUUCUUUGAAGAUGCGCAGAAGGCCGAGGUGAGCAGGGCAUACAUUCGGAAGGAUCCCAUUGAUAUCCCUGAACGUUUGGGACCUGACGCUGAGGAAGGUGCAGAGGUUGUGACGAUAGACCUUCUGAAAGAGGAUCUCCCAAGAGUUGACCUAUCUAAGCUGGUAAACAAAUUUGAAUCUCCCAAACCAAAAGUCUACACCAGAAAAGACCCUAUUGUGAUCACGGAGAGGCUGGGGAGUGAUGCAGAGGAUAUAGAGGCUGAGGCACAUACCCCCAAAACUGAAGACAUCCCAUCAUUCAAUGUCAAGGCAUUGAAGGAUGUGUUUGAGACAGGAGAGCAUAGCUCUCAGGCAGCCCGAGAGCUAAGAGAACAAAUAGAAAGAAGAGAACCUGAGUCAGUCUAUUCAGAGCCGGCGGGUCACUCUGAAAUGACAGCAGUCACCGAGCAAUUCUGCAGCAUUGAUGACUUCGGAAACAUGACUAGAGAGACGAGGAGUGAGAUGCGUUCUGGGAGCUCCCUGGCCCGCGGUAGCCCUCCAUCCUACGCCGAUGUGGUGAGAGGCAGCAUUCCAACGGUUGACGUGCCCCCUGAGGCCACCACGGAGGAACUGCUGAGAAACUUUCAGCAGUCGUGGGCUGAAAGCCAAGGGGUUUUCCAGAACCUGGGUUUCAGUGUCACGGAGCAGAGGACAUCGCAGUUCGUAACACACAAGCAGGAGACCGUUGUGACGGAAAACUCGAGUUCCAGAGUCCGAACUGUGCAGGGUGUGUCGGAAGAGGGUGUACCCCAUGGAAUCGCUGAUUGCAGACAAACAAAACUUCCAUAAAAGCUGCUUUCGCUGUGAACACUGCAGAGGCAAACUAAGUCUUGGCAACUAUGCCUCUCUCCAUGGACGAAUGUACUGCAAGCCACACUACAAGCAACUGUUCAAGUCCAAAGGAAAUUAUGAUGAGGGAUUUGGACAGAAGCCACACAAAGAACUAUGGAAUAAUAAGAACCCGGA